AAGCUUUAGCUGCGGUAUGUUGUUCGCAUUUCCAUGACAGGCACGGUAAGAAACAACGUCGAUCUGUUUUAUUAUUUCACAACCGGCCUGCAACGUUUUACUACCGGUGUAUACAGCACAUGUAUGAAGGAUUUUACACUCAUACACCAAAUACAAAUCACCUACUUCACCUGACAGUGUGAGACUCGGAAAUGGUCAAACAAACACAGAACGACAUUUUGGAUAUGUUGAUUGGGUCCGGCUCCGAUUUGAGUGAAUAUUUGACUCCCGCUGGUGAUGUAAUUGGAUUUUCUAGCUACAGACCAAUGGAUUCCUCUAUGGAUUUCCUGGAAGACAACGUCUCAGAACCAUUGGAUGUCGCUCUCUGUCAAGACAUCCAGGUAGCACCAGAUGCUUCUGCUGAGGUAGAGGUCGAGGUCGAACAGUUACAAUUCACCUUUGACCCUUCAGAAACGUCCAUUGAAAUCCUCAAACUCAUAGCAGCCAGUUCCGCUGGCGAAGGCAACAUGUCCCCACUAGAUAAUAUGUCGGAGUGGAGUGAUCGCACAGAGGACACGGAAGUUGACGAACUGGUGUCACCACUUGUAAAGGCUGAGAUAAAGAACAGGAUCCGGAAACGCAGACAGUACGAGGGGAAGGAUGAAAUCACAGAGUUGUUUGUGGAGCCGGAACCUGAAAAGUUGACUGAGGAGGAAGAAAUGAGGAGAAUAGAACGGCGAGAGAAAAACAAACUAGCUGCCCAGAAGUGUAGGAGUAAGAAGAGGAAGGUUGCGGACACCCUGGAGGAGGAGACCGACCGGUUGGAGGAGAAACAGGAAAAGCUGAAGGAUGAGGUUCGGCGCCUGCGCGAAGAACGUGACCACCUGACGGAGCUCGUCAAUGUUCAUUCCUCUGUUUGUCCAAGAAUGAAAUGCCCAAAGUGAACACCAUCAUCGGACAAUCGAAACCCACCAAAACUUUGAGGCAAUCACAUGCUCUCAGAAACAGAAACGUGCUCCAAUGCUGAACUGAUUUCAUAUUGACGCAUGCGUUGUUCUUCUGUGAGCUGUUAAGUGUUACAUGUGUAUACGAUGCUCCUAUCACAUCGAUUUGACGAAUAGUAUAAAUGACGUCAUAGUGACGUUUGAAUACUCCAUCUUUAGUAGAUAUGAGCAUAUGCUUACCAUGAAGACGUACCUACUGAUUUAAAUACCGGAAAUCUAUAUCUGUAGCGACAUACAGAAUCUGCUGAUUUGAGUACCAGAAAUCUAGAUCGCUAUGGAGAGGUAUAAACGUAUCUGCUUAUUUGUAUACCGGAAGUCGAGAUCUACACAAGCUGAGGCAUUACUCUAGUUUUUUAAUGGACUAUUUACUAACUGAAUAGCGCCUAUUGACCUGAUAAACUAGCUCUAUUUACAAGACGUUUGUUUGUAAUCAGGAUUUGUCAAUGACUUUAAAUGGCAGCUCCAUAUUUGACUUGAUUGUGUGUUUACCAAAGGCCUGUUAGCGUUGUUAGUAGUUGUCUCCCUUGUGAACAUCAUUUCAUUUCAACAAACAUUGCGACCAGGCAUUUGUAGGGAACUAUCAUUUGCAUUCAGAAUCAUUAAUAUACUCAACAGGGAACAAAGAAGUUUGUAUGAAACUGUUAACAAGUUGCUGAUCAUCAUUUUAUGCUAGAUAUUUCAAUUCGUACAAGAUAUUCAGUUUUGGCCAGUUUGAUUCACAAAGGGAUCCGCUUAAUAAAGUUUAAAAAGAGUUUGGUAAGAAUGACUUAUUCCUCUGUGUGAUAUAAAAGAUGUACUGAGACAGUAAGGGACAUACCGUUCAGAACGGGCUAAUUAACAAUUACAGUAUUUACAGAAUCCUCACUCAGGUUGAGGUGAAGUUUGAAUGGUUUCUUUACGAGUAUUAAUCUGAAUGUGUUGAAUGUUGUAUUUAUAUGAUCAUUUGUAGACUCUGAAAGAGAAAAUCAUGGAAGAAUGAUGUAACUACAGAUCGAGGAAUGCCUGUUUGACCAGCUUCACUAAUGUCCUCAAGUGAACAUAUGUGUAACGUGAACAUGUGUACUGUGCAAACAUAUGUGUAACGUGAACAUGUGUACUGUGCAAACAUAUGUGUGAUGUGAGCAUGCGCGUGACGUAAACAAGUGUGUGAUGCGUACCUGUGAACAUGUGUACAUAUUGUACCAACCCAUCUGUUGUCUGUUGUGUUGUUGGUAUCAAGUAUUAGACAUACAUAUUUUACUAGAGAAGUACAUGUUAUAAUAAAUAUGUUUCAUAUUUAAAAUAAAAAAUGACUACAA